UUCUUUUCUUCUUUCUUCCUCCUUUAGUCUCAGCGUACUGACUGGACUCAACUGUUGGCCGCGCUUCCUUAUCGACUCCGACGACGAGCCCGCCCACGCGACCCGCCGGCGAACGAGAGAUGGCGGCGGCUACGGCGCUAGCGCUGAGCAGCGGGCACCAGAUGCCGGCGGUGGGGCUGGGCGUCUGGCGGAUGGACUCCCCGGCCAUCCGCGGCCUCAUCCACUCCGCCCUCCGCGCCGGGUACCGCCACUUCGACUGCGCCGCUGACUACCAAAACGAGGCUGAAGUUGGCGAGGCACUAGCCGAGGCAUUCCAAACUGGACUUGUAAAGAGGGAGGAUCUUUUCAUCACGACCAAGUUGUGGAACUCAGAUCACGGGCAUGUGGUCGAAGCUUGCAAGGAUAGUCUAAAGAAGCUGCGGCUGGAUUAUCUAGAUCUCUACCUUAUUCACUUCCCAGUAGCUACUAAACAUACUGGAGUUGGCACAACUGCCAGUGCACUUGGGGAUGAUGGGGUGCUUGAUAUUGAUACAACUAUCACACUAGAGACAACAUGGCAUGCAAUGGAAGAUCUUGUUUCCAUGGGACUGGUUCGCAGCAUUGGGAUUAGCAAUUACGACAUCUUCCUCACCAGAGACUGCUUGGCGUACGCCAAGAUAAAGCCCGCGGUAAACCAAAUCGAGACACACCCUUACUUCCAGCGCGACUCUCUUGUGAAGUUCUGCCAGAAGCACGGGAUCUCUGUCACUGCUCACACCCCACUGGGUGGUUCCACUGCCAACACAGAGUGGUUUGGCUCUGUCUCAUGCCUCGACGACCCCGUCAUCAAGUCUCUGGCUGAGAAAUACGGCAAGACGCCAGCACAGCUAGUCCUCCGGUGGGGCCUCCAGAGGAACACCGUGGUCAUCCCCAAGACCUCCAAGGUGGAGAGGCUGGAGGAGAAUUUUGCUGUCUUCAAUUUCGAAAUCUCCAGCGAGGACAUGGAGAGGAUCAAGGCCCUCGACCGCAACUAUCGCACCAACCAGCCGGCCAAGUUCUGGGGCAUUGAUCUGUACGCUUGAUUCCACCACAUGAUUCCUGGACAGAACCAACAAUAAUGCGGCAUCAUGUUGUUCUCGUCUCAUCAUGUCAUCAUUCGCAAACACAAACUUGAUUUCUAGAUGAGGGUGUUUGCAGCACGACUGAACAGAUAUUAUAUAAGCCUCCAUGGUAAUUAAGGGCCUCUUUGGAUUGCACGAACGAAGAACACAACAAUAGGAAAAACACAUGAAAUUUGGCAGCAAUGUAUGUGCAACAAUUUGCAGCAUAGUUGCUUGGAUGGAGUACAGGAAAAGUGUCUGAUUAGAAGUUGAA